AUGAACGCCAAUGAUGCUGCUAAGGCGGAUCCGUUGAUGAGAGGUAUAUGCUUAACUGGUGAUAAAACAUUGGUUGCCUUAUAUAAUACUGGAGCUUCGCUUUCUUUUAUUUCAUUUGAUAAGGUUGAGGAACUAGGAUUGAAGGUUUCAGAAUUAGCAUUUGAUUUACAUGUGCAUACCCCGUAUCAGACAGUUAUGACUAGGUUAGGUUGUAGGCAAGUAGAUUUCAAGCUUGAGAAUAGAGAAUUUAUCCAUGACUUAAUUUCUUUGCCAAUAAUUAGGACAGAGAUGAUUUUGGGGUUUGAUUGGAUGUCCAAGAAUAGAGUUUUGUUGGAUUACUUUGAGCGAUCCAUUCGGUUUAUGCCGGAAGGAGAAGGAGGAGCAGUGGUAGCUGGGGGUUAUUACCUGAACUCUUUAAUGGUGAACUGUCAUGGGGAAGAGUGUCAGGGUUAUAUACUGUUGGCUGCGAAUGCGUUAGGUGAUAAUCAGAACUUAGAUCAAAUCUUGGUAGUUAAAGACUUUUCGGAAGUGUUUCCGGAAGAUAUUCCCGAGUUCCCACCUCAAAAGGAGAAUGGUUCUGAUAGAGCUGGUAGAAUUGAAGACUCAAUUGGAAGAACUUCUGAACAAGAGGUUUAUUCGACCGAGUGUAUCACCAUAGGGAGCGCUAGUUUUAUUGGUGAAGAAGUAGGAUGA